GGAUCCUCCUGCGUUGGUCUGACCCAGUAUGUGUGUGUGAGAGUGUUUGAAUGAGUGUGUGUGCUGAAAGCAGCUGGCAGAGGUGACAUUCAUCAGUUCCACUCGUUUGGAAUAAAUGAAAAGCUUAAAAAUCUGGAUAUUUACAUGAACCAGCAAUGCCCUGUGUACAAACACAGUAUGCAUCCCUGCUGCAUGACAACUACUUCAGCUCUGAGUUCUUAAACCCUGACCUCAGUGCCAAACUGGUGAUGGACAUCAGUGGCCAAAAUGACCAGCUGUCUACAUCUUCGUUGCCCAGCAUCAAUACCUUGGUGGGAAAUGGCUAUGUCGGGGAGUUUGAUGCUUAUUCCUGCAAGAUUACCACCUCCCCUCCCACCUCUACAGUUUCAUUCAGCCACGCUGCGGUAGCUGAAAGCUCCUGCCCUCAGAUGCAAAGCCAACCUUUCAAGCUGGAUGAUCUUCAGGUGUAUGGCUGUUACCCAGGCUCCUUUGCGCUGAGCUGCCUUGAUGAAACACUAUCGUCAUGUGGCUCUGACUACUAUGGCAGCCCAGUUUAUGCCACUGCUUCCCCUCCAACAUCAGGCUUUCAGGCCCAGUCUGCACCUGUGUGGGAUUCCCCUUUCAGCCCCUACCCCUCAGCCCCCCCAUCCUCUAUGGCAGAUAAGUGUGCCAUGGCCCAGCAGCUCUCCUUUUUCACCUUUGGCAGCCCCGGACCAGAGCAGCAUUCUCCCCUAGGGCAGCAUCAGGACGCUCAGCCAGGACAUGAUGAACAUUUCUUCCUGCCUACUCAGCAGCAUGUCUCUCCACAUCAUUGUCCACCCAUGUCCCUGGAGCAUGGACCCCUCGAAAGCCCCAGGAUAGUGGAGGAGGCCAUGACGUCUCCUAAAACCCACAACUCAGGAUCCAGUGAGGGCCGCUGUGCAGUUUGUGGUGACAAUGCAUCCUGUCAGCACUAUGGAGUCCGCACCUGUGAGGGCUGCAAAGGUUUCUUCAAGCGAACUGUACAGAAAAAUGCAAAAUAUGUGUGCCUCGCCAAUAAAGACUGUCCUGUGGACAAGAGGAGGAGAAACCGCUGCCAGUUUUGUCGUUUCCAGAAAUGUCUUGUUGUGGGAAUGGUAAAAGAAGUUGUUCGCACAGACGGCCUAAAAGGUCGCCGGGGUCGUCUCCCCUCCAAACCCAAGGCUGUGGCCGAGGCUUCAUCCACAACCCCCAGUGUCAACAUUGUAGCCUCUCUUGUCAGGGCUCAUCUAGACUCAAACCCAACCAUUGGAAAGCUCGACUACUCCAAGUACCAGGAGACCGUGGUCAACCUGAAAGAAAAGGAGGAAGCCGGUGAUAUCCAGCAGUUUUAUGACUUGCUGACAGGUGCUUUGGAUGUAAUAAGAAACUGGGCUGAAACCAUCCCAGGAUUUACAGAUUUCUGCACAGAGGACCAGGAGCUGCUCCUUGAAUCAGCUUUUGUUGAACUCUUCAUUCUGCGACUAGCAUACAGGUCAAAUCCAGAGAAGGACAAGCUGAUCUUCUGUAACGGUUUGGUCCUCCACCGACUGCAGUGUGUUCGCAGUUUUGGUGACUGGAUUGACUCCAUUAUGGAUUUCUCCCAGAGCCUUCACCGCAUGAACUUAGAUGUCUCCUUGUUUGCCUGUCUUGCAGCGUUAGUUAUUAUCACUGAUCGCCAUGGCCUCAAAGAGCCCAAACGGGUCGAGGACUUUCAGACUCAUCUCAUCACAUGUUUAAGGGAACAUAUGAGCGGAAACGGCUCAGAAGCGAGUUGGACCCAGCCCAACUAUCUUUCUCGUCUUCUUGGCAAACUCCCCGAACUGAGGACUCUGUGCACACAGGGCCUACAGCGCAUCUUCUACCUGAAACUAGAGGACCUGGUCCCUCCUCCACCAAUAGUGGAAAAAAUCUUCAUGGAUACUCUGCCAUUCUGAAAAAGCAUGAGCACAAAUGUGUUAUUUGUAAAAAUGAUAGACUCAAAUCACCAAAUGUGAGGUUUUAUCAUUGAACUCUACUGGUGAACCUCCUUCUAUCACACUGAUUUGCGUGCUGACAAAUGUCUGACAUUGUUCAAGAGACCAUUAUUUUUCUAACAUUAAGUUUAAAAAAGGAUUAUGGUACAUAUGUGAAUACCGCAUCAAGAUGUAUUUCAGUUCAAUGAAACAGGACAGGACACUGUUCAUACAUAUUUUUGUGUGCAUUUGUAAACUGACUUUAUUGCUGUGCUGGAUGUGUGAAUGUUGUGUUGCUAUGCAGCUAGUAAGCCAUGGAUAUUUGGGGAGAUGCAAUGCAGUGUUACAUACUCAGCUUUUCCUAAAAUCAAAAGAAAAACACUCUCUUAAAGAAAACCGUGUUUAAAGUUGCUUUUUGACCCCACUAAGAAGCUGAGAUAGUAGACUAUUUAGUAGAAACAGGCAGGCAGAAUCAUAUGUCCUGUUUCUUUAAAGAACUGUGGAGUCCUUAUUUUCAAAAGGGAUAUAUUUACUAAUUUCUUUUGUAUCGCAAAAGAUAGUUCUAGUCCUAGUUGUGCUCCUGUGGAAGGUCUCGGACCAAAGUUUACUUCUAUUUUGAUACUACCACUCAAAAACCUUAUUGCCUUAAGCUAAGCAAAUGUUCUGCCAUAACUCCAUGCUGCCAUUUUGCAACAACUUGUAAAGACUGAUGCUGGCAGUUACCGUUGAACUGCAUGUCCCUGUAACAACACACAUUGUGAACAAAAAUUUACUAAAUUCAAAGUGCCUUUUA